CGUAGAGAGAGAAAGGUAACAGUGGAUUACUGCAGCUUGCCUGCCUGCCUGACUGCAUGCCUGUUAGAGCCAGCCGAACCAUGUUCCUCCAGCCUCUCACCAUUAUCUCCCUGUUUGCAGUCCUCCUGUCAUCUGUGGAAGGUAAGGGGGUCCAGAUGCAGAGAGAUGUCCAGUGCUGCAUGCAGUACUCACAGGGGAAGGUACGCACCAAAGACGUGCUGCGCUUCGAGUUUCAGAGCGUGGGCCCACACUGCAGCAUACAGGCCAUCAUUUUGUACACCAAGAAGGCGGUGAAGUGUGCGAACCCCAGGGACAGGAAGGUGAAGAGGUUACUGAGGAAGCUGAGUCUGCGCCCCCACACCAAGACACGCCGGACCAUGUGGCUGCACCCCCGCGACAACCUCCCUGUCAUGUCCGAGGAUAAGAAAGAGGGAUGGCAGACCAUCCAGGUGGAAUGAGAGAAGAGGAGAGAUCGCCACAGGAGAAAGAGGGAAUUUGUCAUAGGCCAAGUCAACUUUCAGCAGCUUGUCAUCCUCCUCACCCGGCUGGGCCUGAGCUGGCUGACUCUCCAGUCGUCUCGUGACCUUUGUCUGUCGUAUCUUUCUCCUCUUGGGAGCGUCGAGGCUGACUGUUCCCUGGAUCAAAUGACAGGACCACACAGUCUGCUGUGGACCAGGACUGAGCUCCAUUCACUGUCAAUUCAGUCAAACCAGGAAGAGAUUAUUAUUUCUCUUUUUUUUUUACUAGAAUGCAACAAUUGAGAUACUGUUUAGAAAAAAACGACAUAUGAAGCUGUAAUAAUCUGUUACUUAAAGCGUCGUUAGCAAACAAAUGCCCCUGAUUAAAUUAAUUUGGAAAAGUUCAGUUUGAUUAUUAGAAUUACUUGUGGGUUUGCUAAAUUGAGACUGGAUGGAUCUUAGCCUCUGUAUUGCUGUCCUUGACCUUUUUUGAUAUAUAUAUAUAUCGCUAAAUGUCUUCUACACUGAGUGUUGCUACCUAUGCCAAAGUAUUUGACAAGUAUUUCUGAAGACUCUCUGUUAGGAGAACAUUUCUCUCAUUCUCAUCUAUGGCUGUUUACUCACUGUAGGCUAGAUGGCUGUUAUCAACACUUCGUAGAGGGCUUGAUCUAGUCUGGAACAACCUGUUAUGUAGAAUGCACUGUAUGUUUAAACACCAUGUUGAAAAUGACUAUUUUAUAAAUAAAUAAGUAGAUAACAAA